AACAAGCAUGGCGACUGCCUCGGGUACCGCAAGCGAUGGAGAGGCUUUUCAGGGUAAUGUUCAAGGCGAGGAUGGCGGAGCGGGGGAUUCGGCUUCAGCGCAGGGGUCUUCGUCAGGGGAGAGUUUGAACCAGAAACCCGUUUGUCUUAUCGUCUUAGGCAUGGCGGGGUCUGGAAAAACUACUUUUGUACAGCGUCUCACAGCUCAUCUCCACAUGAAGAAAAAUCCCCCCUACGUAAUAAAUCUGGACCCUGCCGUUCACGAAGUCCCUUUUCCAGCCAAUAUCGACAUCCGAGACACUGUCAACUACAAAGAAGUCAUGAAGCAGUAUGGCCUUGGGCCUAACGGAGGAAUUGUGACGUCACUGAAUCUCUUUGCGACCCGGUUUGAUCAGGUUAUGAAGUUUAUCGAGAAAAAACAGAAUCAUCACCAGUAUGUCCUGAUAGACACUCCAGGACAAAUCGAGGUGUUCACGUGGUCAGCGUCUGGAACCAUCAUCACAGAAGCUCUGGCGUCCUCCUUCCCCUGUGUGGUGGUGUACGUGAUGGACACGUCUCGCAGCGUCAGCCCCGUCACCUUCAUGUCUAACAUGCUGUACGCCUGCAGCAUUCUGUACAAGACCAAGCUGCCCUUCAUUGUGGUGAUGAACAAGACAGACAUAAUCGAUCACAGCUUCGCGGUCGAGUGGAUGCAGGACUUUGAGGUCUUCCAGGACGCCCUGAACCAGGAGACGUCUUAUGUCAGCAACCUGACCCGGUCCAUGAGUCUGGUGCUGGACGAGUUCUACAGUAACCUGCGGGUGGUUGGGGUGUCUGCGGUCACAGGCAGCGGGCUGGACGAGCUGUUCGUGCAAGUGUCCGAAGCUUCGAAGGAGUACGAGACGGAAUAUCGUCCAGAAUAUGAGAGACUUCACAGAGAAUUGAAUGAAGCCCAGAGCAAGAAACAGCAGGAACAGCUUGAACUCCUGAGAAAGGACAUGGGAGAGGUUCCUAUGGAAACGGCUGCACCUGUAGAGAUGGAUGUAGCGGGGCCCAGUGACUUCAUCUUGACACGGGGGAACCCAGACGACGAGGAUGAGGUCAUCGACAGCGACACAGAUGACAUUGACCACGCCGUCACGGAGGAGAGCAAGGAGGCAGAAGCGUUCGGCGCCUUCCUGCAGGAGAGGAAGGAAGUGGUGCAGACGCGCAACAGGAAGCAGCAGUGACCCACGGGCCCAUGCCAGCCCCCACAAUGCAAUGCAGCAGGAAGCGAGAAGGGAUGAAGCAUCGGCUAACAGAACGAAGCUCCUCUCUCUCUGCGUCCCGCUUGACGAUACCUCUGCAGACAGACUCCGGGACUCUCAGACAGAUUUCAUGGACCUUCUCAUGUGCUGUAGGGAGGGACUUAAGGUUUUGCACGUGGCAACGAAACAAAGCCGAGGAAUGUCCCCAUUUCUCUUGAAUUCAGAUUCAAAUGGACCACCUUCACCCUCCUUCAAAGCCUCUACAGGAAAACAAACAAUGCCACAAGUCGUUCCUCCUGCAGAGCGCACUUCUCCACACCCACAAAAAACAAAGAGAUCUUAUAUUUUUUUAUUAUGAGCGUGAGUAGUUGUGUUUGCAUUGUUCUACGUGCUCACAUGUGCAGAAACCUGCAUUUUCCCUUCUAUGUGAGUGAGAUUUUACCAUUUUGUCUGUAUCUUACUGAGACAUUAAACUAAGGCUAUGAA